UAUAAGCAGCAGAGAUCAGGAGAUGAAGCAGACUGAGAGUUGGGGAAACAGGUUCACCAUGAGAGCUCUCGUGAUUCUUUGCGUUGUGCUCAUCACACAGGGAGUGCAAGGUUGGACGUCUCCAGCAGUAUAUUCCACUACAGAAGAUUAUUAUUCCUGCAAAAACAAAUGUGGUGGCUAUGCUUGGUCCUGUGCUUGCAUUGAUGAUUGUGAAACCUACGGGAGUUGCUGUUACGAUUACUCAACUUAUUGUUCAACAACAACCGAACAACCGGAAACCACCACUGAUCCAGGACUCACCACCACAGAUCAACCUUCUUGUCGGUACAACUGUGGAUACAACAUGGGAAGCUGCUCCUGCUCCAGUUCCUGUCAGUGGAAUGGAAACUGCUGCCAUGACUACCACUCAUACUGUGGAAUCUCCACCAUCGCACCCACCUCACCUCAACAGUCAUGUGAAAACAACUGUGGCAGCUACCUGGGAAGCUGUUCCUGCCAAUACUCAUGUCAGUGGAAUGGAAACUGCUGCCAUGACUACUACUCUUACUGUGAAUGGACCACUGAAGUUCCCACCUCAGCAGGGCCAUGCGGAGGCUCCCUGUUUGGUUCUGGUACCAUUUCAAGCCCCAACCACCCCGACUACUACAACGACAACUCCUACUGCGUGUGGCAGCUCAGAGCUGCAUACGACCAAAGGAUCUUCUUGGCAUUUUCUUACCUGCAAUUGGAGAACUGUUGCACCUGUGACUACAUUUCAGUCUACGAUGGACCGUACACUAAUUCACCAUAUUUGGGGAAAGUGUGCAACAACAGUCUGAGCAAUUUCUACUCCACCUCCAACUACAUGACAGUGAUCUUCCAUUCGGACAUGUCUGUGGUCGGCCGAGGAUUCAGAGCUGAGUUCAUGAGCUCUCUGAAACCCAGCUCAGGUCGUGUUGACUGCUCCUCAGACAACAUGAACAUCGUUAUCAACCGAGCCUACCUGAACUCUCUGGGCUACGACGCCCACAGUUUGUACCUGGACGAUCCGUCCUGCAAGCCACAGAUUUCCAGCUCCGAGGUGGUCUUCAGUUUCCCCCUCACCUCUUGUGGAACCGUCAAACACCUCAACAGCGGCAGAAUUGUGUUCACCAACAACAUCCGUGGAUUUCCCUCGUCGCAAGGAGAGAUCGUGCGUCAGUCUUACCUGAAGAUGAACGUCAACUGCACCAUGGAGCCGGAUUCUGUCUCCCAGAUCAUGUUUGUUGUGAGUAACGCGGGUAACAGCAGCAUCGCUGGUUCGGGGCGAUACAACACCAGCAUGGCUUUCUACACGUCCAGCAGCUUCAGCUAUAAGGUGACUGAUGUCCCGUAUGAGGUUGCCCUCAACCAGGACUUGUAUGUUCAAGUGGACAUGAGUAGGCAUGACAGUAACCUUGUCCUCUUCCUGGACACCUGCGUGGCCGCCCCAACGCCCUUUGAUUUCGAAACCAGACCUUAUUAUUUAGUGCGAAAUGGGUGUUCUGUUGACAGCACGUACCGCCCCAUAUCUUCUGGCAGCUCAUACAGAGCCCGUUUUACAUUCAAGGCCUUCGCGUUCCUGCGAGGCACAGACUCUGUGUACCUCCAGUGCAAGGUCCUGAUCUGCCCCGCCUCGGAGAGCAACUCCCGCUGCCGCCGCGGAUGCAGCAGACGCAGGGCCAGGGAGCUGGAGCCCAAACACGAGAGCCAAACUCUGGUCAUGGGUCCCAUUCAGCUCAAAAAAUCUGAGGAAGAGAAGAAAGAGCCCGAAGAGCAGAACGAGGCUUAAGUUGUUUCUACGGAAACCUCAUCCAAUCAAAUCUGUAUCCCUUAAAAAUGAAAUGCUAGAUUCCACUUAAUCUUUCUUUCCUUUCUCCCUCAUUAUCUGAUUAAAUGCAUUAUUGAAAGACAA